CGCGUUUGAGAGUGAACACGAAACCAAAUUUGAGCCGCAGGACAACGAGGACAAAGCUUGUUACUGCUUCGUCCAGAGGAGCUCCACGCAGGUAGCUCAUAUAUAACGCUGUCAGGAUGCUCAAGGCACUCACUCUCGUUGCCGCGGCAGUUAUUGCUUUGCUGGGCCACGCAGUCGACGCAGGGUCGCCCAUCACCUACCGCGUCAAGUCCAACGAGAAUGCCUGCUUCUACACGAAUGUAGACAAGGCAGGCGAGAAGAUCUCCUUCUACUUUGCUGUCCAAGCAGGCGGCGACUUUGACAUUGACUACUACGUCCGCACACCCACCUUCCAGCUUGUCCUGGAGGGCACCAAGGAGCGCAGUGGUGACUUUGUCUUUACAGCUACAGAGACGGGCGAGUAUACAUUCUGCUUCAACAACAACAUGUCCACCGUCACCGACAAAGUUGUCGACUUUGAGAUCAACGUCGAAAGCGAACCACGUCCUGAGCUGCCUACGAAGCAAGGUAUCCCCAGCGAAGCCACCAAUGGGCUCGAGGACUCUGUGUUCAAGGUGUCCUCACAAGUCUCACAGCUCAGUCGCACGCAAAAGUACUUUAGAACGCGCGAACACCGCAACAUGUCAACGGUGCAGUCUACAGAGCACCGCAUCUUUUGGUUUGCUCUGCUAGAGUCUGGUGCCAUGGUCACCAUGUCUGCCCUGCAAGUCUUCAUCGUGCGUACAUUCUUCCAGAGGCGUAAUGCCGCCAAAGUCUAGCCUCAUAGUCUCUUCUUAGACCAGUUUAGAGGCGACUUUUGCAAGGGAUGCUUGCUCCGUCUCUGUCAAUGCACCACUGCUCGCCCACCUGAUCUUGCCAUCUAGGUCCAGCAAGUACGUAUAGCCCACAUACGCAUUCACUGCACCAAUGUAGCGUAAUUGG